GCAAGAAAUAGUAUUAACACAAACGCUUAUAUUUAUGAGGAUAACAACAGUAGCAAUAAUAACGAUUUUUUAUUAGUAGCAAUAACAAGCUUAAUGACAUUAACAAGACUAAUAACAGCGACAAAACCAGAACAGCAAUCCGAAUGAUAAGCAUUGAUAGUAAGACCAUUUGAAAUAGCAACAUUUAUUAUUUGCAACAGAUUACAUGACAACAAGCCAUCAAAAUAUUAGACUUCUGUUUGAGCCAACACGAAUGACCUCCCUUUAAUCAGUUUCAGUCUUGCUGUUGGUGACGUCAUUCUAUCAAAAUGGCGGAUACAGUCGGCUUGCUUAAACGGGAACAUGCAGAUUCAGAUCGAGGAAGUUCUGACACAGCUGAAGAUGGACCAGUAGAGGAUGACAGAAGAUCACACAAUUUAGACAGCCGCUUAUUAAUUGGACAUUUCUAUGAACCAAAUUCAAACAGUAUAGCUUACUCUGAUUUGAGUGGGACUGGAGACACACAGUCCAUUGACACCACUAAUACAAGCCUCUCUACAAGCACUUCAAGCUCGAGUCCAAAUCACUGUCGUUUAGAUGGAUCAAAUAUAAGUGCAAGGAAUAGAUAUUUAGCAGGUAAUGGAUUGGGAGCUCAGCCAAUGGUAGAAGAGUUUUCUAGAAGCUGUAAUAACGACACCAGUGAUCUUGAUGGCAGCUAUGUAAAGAGGGUCGGUAGACUGCCAGGCCAACCGUUCCCCACCGGACCAUCUUGGUGGAUCGGAUAUCCGAGUACUGUAAGGAAGGAAAAGGAGAGAGAAAGAGAAGAACGGGUCAGAGUUGCAAGAGAGAAGUUAGCUGAUGAACGGAAAAAGAAGAUAGAAGAAUUGAAAGAACAACAGCGGUUGGCACAAGAGCAUCGUGAAAGACAGCAAGAAUUAAGGCGUCGGAAAAUUGAUGAGCUACGUCGCAGAGAGGAAGAAAGAAGAGCUGCCGUGGAAGAACGCCGUCGCAGACAGGAAGAAGACCAGAGAGUCCGAAGAGAAGCCAUUUUGCAAAGAGCACAAGAACGAGUUGCCCGUUACGAACAGUGGAAACAAUCAGGCCGACAUAGAGGUGGGCGCAUUUAUGGCUUUGGUAGCCGUACACCACGUGACAUAUGUUUGCCUUUAGACCGCAAGAGAUCAUCUUCUCAUAGUACGCUUCUGCGAUGCUCAGCCAAUGAUUCUGACUCGGAUACCUAUGUCCGACCACAGCGUCGUGCAGUCUCUGCCUGCAGUAUGGUCAGACGGCACUGUUGUGUUGAUGUUAAAUCAUCUGAAGGCAGUUCUGAUAAUGCACCGACAGGUCAGGGUUCUUAUCCAGCAAGUGUUCCACCAUCAAAACAUCUGUCUGUAUCAACCAGUGCUCUUUAUUACAAACGAAGCCCUGAGUUUUCCUCUUCAGGAACCCUAAACUCAAGCAACCGGCCAGAAUCACUUCUUGCCCUCAACACCAUCCCCGAAAAACGUCGCUCUUUUCUAGCUACAGUUACACCUCACCGGACCAAAAGUACCACAGGAUUGCACAUGUCCUCACCAUCAGCAUCUGCUCCAGUCAAGCCACGAGAAAUGCGAACCCCUCGAAAACCUCGCCCAGCCAGUCUAGCCGGGACACUGCCUGGGUUUGUUCCCUUGGAAGUACCCAAAGCCAGCACACCAAGGAGUAAGAGUUCAGAAAGAAUCUCGAAAGAUAAACUUCGGAAUCGAUCUUCUACAAUUGACUCUGCAAAAUCUGACAAGUCUGUUAGCUCAACCGCAUCUACUCAGUCUAAAAGUAGUAGGAAGGCCAUUUUCGAUCGAUUGUCUACACCCAAGAAACCUACAGACACACCUCCCAAAUCAACUGAGAAGAAAUCCUCAGCGCCUAAUUCAGGAACUACAACUCCUACUCCAAGAAAGCCCAAAUCUACCAAAGAUAAAGGGCCACGUGAGUCUCCUAAUCGUGAAGGUACUCCAACUCCAUCAGCUCCUGAAGACCAAAUGACACGCUCAACUCAAGAUAUUACUGAAGAGGAAUAUAAGAUUAAACUUGCUGAGAAACGGCGCCAGGCAAGAGAAAAAGCUGAAAGAGAAGCAGAGUUAGAGCGGCAAAGACAAGAAGAACUCAGGCGUCAAGAAGAGGAGAGAAUUCGUUUAGAGGAGGAGGAGCAGCGUCGUUUGGAAGAAGAAUCCAUACGUCUUGCAGCCGAAGGUAGGUUGGCUGAGGAAGAAAGGCUUCGUAAGGCCAUCGAAGCUGAAGAGCAACGCAAGAAAGAAGAAGCUGAUCGACUGGAAUUAGAAAGAAAGCAGAAAGAAGAAGCUGAGAAAAAAGCCAAGGAAGAGGCUGAUCGCCUUGAAAAGGAGCGUGUAGAAAGAGCCAAGAAAGAAGAAGAAGAAAGGCUAGCCAGAAAGAAGCGCCUUGAGAUGAUAAUGAAACGGGUGAAAACUGAACCAAAUGUAGUUGAUACAGUAAAAGUUGAAUCCUCAACAAAAUCUGCUCAGAGUUCCCCAAGCCGAAGUAGCAACUCAUCAACUGAACUUUCACCUGAUGAGCGCCAAGAGGAAGCUUCUACAACUCUUGUUGCAAACGACAUGAAGAAGGCUUCAUCACAAGAGGACAUGCAAAAUAUUGAAGAAGAACGGACAGCUGCAAAAUUCAAGUCUCCACUUUUGAAACAGUUGAUGGACAAACGGUCAGAUGAUUCCAGUGGGGAUACAAGUGCAAAAUUCAAGUCUCCAAUUCUGCAGAAUAUCCUCGGUAAAAGCAAGACAAACCUAGGCAAUAGGUUAUUAAAGACAAAUUCAUCAGAGAAGCUGGCUUCCAGCCAAGAGAGCUUGGAUCAACCAUUUGCUGAAGACAGCACAUCUUUGAAGGACAUUAGCAGACAGAAGAAUGAUGUUGAUACCAAUGCAGAAGUCAACCCAGCCGAAAACAGCCUCGUGGACAAAGAUAAAUCUCAGAAUAGAUUAUCUGUUUCUUUUGAUCAGUCUGUUGGUAUGGAUGACUCAGGUUUCGCUGAUUCUAAUGGCAGUACAAAGACACCACAGAUAGUAGACGUGAAUGGAACUGGUAGAUCUGUGGAACUGAGCAGUGAGUCUGCCAUUGGUAGUUUAGUUGACAAUAACUUGGAUAAUAAAGACAAAGUGGAGUUAACUACAAUAUCUGGCGAAAGUUCUUGGUCGACAACACCAAAACAGUCUCCAAUCUCUCAUUUGAACAAGCCACUUUCUGGCAUUACUGUGGCCAGUGACUGUGAUAGUUUGGCUAGAAGUUCUGAAAACCAGAUUGGAACUCUUAUUGACUUGUCUGUGACCAACAAAAACAUUGACUUGAAGAGUCAGCAGCUCCAGGAUAAUUUACUGAACAACACUGAUGACCUGUUGAAUUUCAACAGUGUCAAUUCGGCUACUGGUGAUCAUAAAAAUACCUUAUUACCUUUCGAAGAUAACGCACCUCAACGACAGGAUGUUUCUGAACUCAUUUAAUGGUAUCAAAGUUCCUGGCAAUAGAACUAAGGUGCCGGAGGGUCAACUGUCCUAUCCUCUGCCGUUAUCAGCUGAUACCAAUAGUAACAACAGUACUCAGGAUACUGACAUCUACUCAAACAGGAACAUCUUGCAAACGGUGUCCCUGGAACCAAGGCCAGCUUUGCCCCCACUUACGUCUUCUUCUGAAGGACAGUUUCAACUACUAUCACCAAACUGUGAUGCCUGUGGUGACAACUACAGUUCUCUCAGCAAGAGUGAUAACCAUUCAGGCAAUCACAUUGCUGGUGAGCGAAGCAUUUCAAAGACCCGGAAUCUUCCGAUUAGUGCUCAGCAAAAAACAGUUGAUUCCGGAUCUUCUGCUUCCUCUUCUAUAGACGUUAGAGGUGGCAAAGAUGGGGGAAAUGAUUAUGCAGGUAAUGACAACUGCAUUCACUGUGACAUUAGGGGCACUGACUCUAACACUCUUCCUUCUUGCACAGGCACAGAUUCUCACCUUUCAGAAAAGACAACAAUAAAUGACAACCGCAUUGAUGUGUACAAAACUCUCACUGGCAGUAGUGUCAGUACAACUACUACACCAAAUACUAUUAUUGAUACUACACCUCCUACUCUAUCUACCAUUACCUUUAGCUCUGCCAUUGCUGCUACUUCUAUAGACUCUUCUACUAUUGUUACUACCACACUUACUUCUAGUGCUGCUGCUACUACAGCUACUAUUUCCAAAAGAACCAAGGCUUCUCCCACCCCUAAUACCACAGCUUUGACGUCCAUUUAUUAUCCCCAUAACAAUGUGAGUGACUGUGGUGUUGGCAAUGCCACAAAAGGCAGAACUACAUCAAUUAUCUCCGCUGAUUAUUUGUGGCAUCACCUGGAGCAGCUGAUGUUGCAUAGAAAUAACCAGAUAGUUAAACUGCUUUUCAGCUAUGGAAUCAACAACAGUCCAAUCCCCACUUCAGGUAGGACUAUGGAACAUUCCAAAGAGAACCACAUUUGGAAAAGAAUUGAAGAACAUGUUCCCACACUUUAAACUAAGUUUAAAUGCAUAUGCACAUACAGAUAACACACCUGCGUGUUAAUUUGUGGGACAAAUUUCAUACCAUCUUAUGGUUAAAAGAAUAUAGGAGCAAGAUGCUAAGAAAGUAGUGUUGUUAUUCACAUAAUUAUGUACAGAAUUCCUAUUUUCAAUUCCUAGAGAUUUAUAAUAGAGAUUACAACAGGAAUGUUUAUCAUUCCACUAGGGACUGACAAUAGGUAUUGUUUGUUAUAGUAUUAAUAUUUAUUAAUACCACUUUUAGUGACACUAACUCUUUUUGUGUGUCUGAUUGACAUAAAACUUGGUUUAGUAAUUGGAAUGCCAUCCAACAAAACCAAAAUGCAAGUCUAGAAAAUGGAUGUAAAAUAAUAAACGGUUAAUGCCUACAUCAUAUGUAUGCAACAAAGAUUGUGUGUGUGUGAGUACACACACACUCACACAUACAUACAUACACAUACACACAUAUUUAUAUUUAUUUAUUUUUUACAAAAAAAUAGUUGACUGUAACUCCAAAGUUUCGCUAAUGAUCAACUUCAUCAGACAGCCUGCUGAAGUUACUGUCAACCUUUUUUUUAUAAAAAUAAAUUUUAUACACUACAUUUUUCUGUUAUUUUUAAAUAUCUUUAUGUAUAGCUAUACAUAAAACACAUUUAUAUACAUAAACACAUACAGGUGACAAUUGAUUAACUACAUAUAUGUAUAUGAUAAUGAUAAAUUCAUAUACAUUCAGAAUUUUUUUUUUUAAUUCUAUGUUAAUUUUUUUUAAGAUUAUCUAAUAUUUGUUUUAUUUUUCAUUAGCUACAGAAAGGUUAAAGUUAUAUAUGUAUCAAUGCAGCUUUGUUUUGUUUAAUAAAAGAACAUAAUCUAAUGCAAAUGUGUUAAGAACGGAUGUGUGUGUGUGUGUGAGUAUACACAUAUACAUGAAUACAUAGGUACACACACACAUGCUUAUAUUUUUCAUUAGUAAUUGGUGUUAUGAUGGAAGAGCAAACAUCACGUAUUAUAAACAAGUAAGUAAUUUUUCCAGGUCCACCAAUUCAAUCAACACAUCAAAUCCCUCAGUUUUGUUUUCAUUUCUUUUUAAAACAAAAAAUUGUUGUCUUAAAAUAAAGUUUUUCUGAAGUAUU